CACACACACACACACACACACACGCCAAAAACGAAUCCGUGGUCGGGUCCGUGUUAGAGCUCCAUCUCUGUAUGUAAUUAUAGCACGCUUGUAAUCUCCUUAAGGACAGCGGCGGCUUAGGAUUCGUCUUAGAUUUCCCAAGAUGCUCGUUACGCUGCCUUGUGCUCGGAGACGCCACACACAUCUGUGGCCUGGGAUUCCGAAGUGUUGAGUCUGGCAAAGCCGAGGCUGACGGCGAACCCCGUCGUCCGGUCCGCUUCCGCCACCCCGGGCGCGAGCGCUCCCCACCUCCCGCGCGGCAGGAAUCUGGGAUCGACUCCCGGCUCAGCCCGUGCGAGCGCAGCGCGCAGCGGAGGAAGCCGCUCCUCUCGAGCUCCGCGCGCCAGAGCCGCUGCCAAUCCCCAGUUUGUCUCUGCCCGGAAGUUACCAUCAACAGCGCUGGCGUGGACGCUCCCUUCUCUUGGCCUUUCGAGACGCUCUUGCUUCUUGAUGGAGUCGGCGGCUGCUGGGUGAACCGCCGGAGACUGGAAAGCGAUCGAUCGUCCCUUCGUGAGAGGGGAGUCACCUAGGCCAUCCCCUCUGGCUUGGUGGGGGUGCUUUUCCUUCUUUGGCCUGCCACUCUCCACGGGCGAAGAAGAUGCCCCUGCCGUUUGGAUUGAAACUGAAGCGCACCCGCCGCUACACUGUGUCCAGCAAGAGCUGCCUGGUUGCACGGAUCCAGCUGCUGAACAAUGAGUUUGUGGAGUUCACAUUGUCCGUGGAGAGCACUGGUCAGGAGAGCCUGGAGGCUGUGGCCCAACGGCUGGAGCUGCGGGAGGUCACUUACUUCAGCCUCUGGUACCACAACAAGCAAAAUCAGCGCCGCUGGGUAGACUUAGAUAAACCUCUGAAGAAGCAACUGGAUAAAUACGCGUUGGAACCUACCAUCUAUUUCGGAGUGGUGUUUUACGUGCCUUCAGUUUUACAACUGCAGCAAGAGAUUACCAGGUAUCAGUAUUAUCUGCAGCUGAAGAAAGAUAUCUUGGAAGGAAAUAUUCCUUGUACUUUAGAACAAGCAAUUCAGCUAGCAGGCUUAGCGGUUCAAGCUGAUUUCGGUGACUUUGAUCAGUAUGAAUCCCAGGACUUUCUUCAGAAAUUUGCCUUGUUUCCUGUGGGGUGGCUACAAGAUGAAAAAGUGUUGGAAGAAGCGACCCAAAAAGUGGCCUUACUACAUCAAAAAUACAGAGGGCUCACAGCUCCCGAUGCUGAAAUGCUGUACAUGCAGGAGGUAGAAAGGAUGGACGGCUAUGGAGAAGACAGCUACCCUGCAAAGGAUAGCCAAGGAAGUGACAUAUCCAUUGGAGCCUGUCUUGAGGGUAUCUUUGUGAAGCACAAGAAUGGAAGGCCUCCUGUGAUAUUUAGGUGGCACGAUAUUGCUAACAUGUCCCACAACAAGUCCUUUUUUGCAUUAGAGCUGGCUAAUAAAGAGGAGACCAUCCAGUUUCAAACUGAAGACAUGGAAACAGCAAAGUACGUGUGGAGACUCUGCGUUGCGCGGCACAAAUUUUACAGAUUAAACCAGUGUAACCUGCAAACUCAGACUGUCACAGUGAAUCCACUCAGGAGGAGGUCAUCUUCAAGGAUGUCUCUGCCUAAACCCCAGCCCUAUGUGAUGCCUCCCCCACCCCAGCUGCAUUAUAAUGGACACUAUACAGAGCCAUAUGCUUCUUCCCAAGAUAACCUCUUUGUGCCCAACCACAACGGCUAUUAUUGUCACUCCCAGACAAGUUUGGAUAGAGCCCAGAUGGACGUCAGCGGCCGAAUGCGGAACGGCAGCGUCUACAGCGCGCACAGCACCACCUCCCUGAACAACCCGCAGCCCUACCUGCAGCCCUCCCCCAUGUCCUCCAACCCGAGCAUCACCGGGAGUGACGUCAUGAGGCCCGACUACGUCCCCUCGCAUCGCCACAGCGCCCUGAUCCCCCCUUCCUACCGGCCGACCCCAGACUACGAGACUGUGAUGAAGCAGCUCAACAGAGGCAUGGCGCACGCGGAGAGGCAGAGCCACUCGCUGAGAAACCUCAACAUCGGCAACUCCUACGCGUACAGCAGGCCCGACGCGCUGGUCUACAGCCAGCCCGAGAUCCGCGAGCACGCGCACUUCGCCUCCCCGCAGUCGGCGCACUACGCCUUCAACCUGAACUACAGUUUCCACAGCCAGUCUCCCUACCCCUACCCGGCCGAGCGGCGGCCGGUGGUGGGCGCGGUCAGCGUGCCCGAGCUGACCAACGUGCAGCAGCUGCAGGCCCAGGACUACCCGGCGCCCAACAUCAUGCGCACGCAGGUGUACCGCCCGCCGCCGCCCUACCCCCACCCCUACCCGCGGCCGGCCAACAGCACCCCGGACCUGUCCCGCCACCUGUACAUCAGCAGCAGCAACCCGGACCUGAUCACGCGGCGCGUGCACCACUCGGUGCAGACCUUCCAGGAGGACAGCCUGCCCGUGGCGCACUCGCUGCAGGAGGUCAGCGAGCCGCUCACCGCCGCGCGCCGCGCGCAGCUGCAGAAGCGCAACAGCAUCGAGCUGGCGGGGCUGGCGCACGGCCUGGACGGGCUGCGGCUCAAGGAGCGCACGCUGUCGGCCUCGGCUGCGGACGCGGCCCCGGGGGCCCCCGCCGCGUGCGCGCUCCUGGCCGGGGCCCAGCCCAGCGUCUGCGGUGGCGACAGGGCCCAGCAGGACGAGGCCGAGGAGCCCGACGGUGGCGGGAGGUACGGCCACAAGAAGUCUCUUUCGGACGCCACCAUGCUGAUCCACAGCAGUGAGGAGGAGGAGGAGGAGGAAGAGGAGGAGUUUGAGGAGGACCCCAAAGUGCCAGCCUUGCUCACCGCGCAGCCCCAGCCCCGGCUAAUGGGCGCCUACGCCCAGGAGCUGCCCCAGCGCAGCCACCCCUGUGCCGCCGUUGCCUCCGGCCCUUUGCACAUUCUCGAGCCCAAGGCCCACCUCCCCGAGGCCGAGAAGAGGGCGAGGGAUGGGAACCCUGCCCAUGUGAUUGUGGAAGCACAGCACCCCCGAAGAGAGGGGCUGCUGACGCCCUCCAUGUCCGAGUCCGACCUCACCACGUCGGGGCGAUACCGGGCCAGGAGGGACUCUCUGAAGAAGAGGCCGGUGUCAGACCUGCUCUCCGGGAAGAAGAACAUCGUGGAAGGGCUCCCGCCACUGGGGGGAAUGAAAAAGACUCGAGUAGAUGCAAAAAAAGUCGGCCCUCUUAAGUUGGCUGCCCUCAAUGGACUCUCCCUGUCUCGACUGCCUCUGCCCGAUGAAGGGAAGGAAGUGUCCACCAGAGCGACGAAUGAUGAGAGGUGUAAAGUGCUGGAACAGCGGUUAGAACAGGGAAUGGUAUUCACAGAAUAUGAAAGAAUUCUUAAAAAACGGCUAGUUGACGGGGAGUGCACGACAGCCCGACUCCCUGAAAACGCAGAAAGAAAUAGAUUCCAAGAUGUCCUUCCCUAUGAUGACGCGAGAGUGGAGUUGGUCCCCACCAAGGAGAACAAUACUGGCUACAUCAACGCAUCACAUAUUAAGGUCUCUGUCGGUGGAAUUGAGUGGGAUUAUAUUGCCACGCAGGGACCAUUACAAAAUACCUGUCAGGAUUUUUGGCAGAUGGUGUGGGAACAGGGAAUUUCAAUUAUAGCGAUGGUGACAGCAGAAGAGGAGGGUGGAAGGGAGAAGAGCUUUAGGUACUGGCCACGACUUGGUUCCAGACACAACACCGUCACCUAUGGGAGGUUUAAGAUCACAACCCGCUUCCGCACGGACUCCGGCUGCUAUGCCACCACGGGCUUGAAGAUGAAGCAUCUUCUCACGGGGCAGGAGAGGACAGUUUGGCAUCUCCAGUACACAGACUGGCCUGAGCACGGCUGUCCCGAGGACCUCAAGGGCUUUCUGUCAUACCUCGAAGAGAUCCAGUCUGUUCGGCGCCAUACAAAUAGUACAAGUGAACCCAAAAGCCUCAACCCCCCGCUGCUGGUCCACUGCAGUGCCGGGGUCGGAAGAACUGGUGUGGUCAUUCUGUCAGAGAUCAUGAUCGCCUGUCUGGAACACAAUGAGGUGCUGGACAUCCCGAGAGUGCUGGACAUGCUCAGGCGGCAGAGAAUGAUGCUGGUCCAGACCCUCUGCCAGUACACGUUUGUGUACAAAGUGCUCAUUCAGUUCCUGAAAAGCUCCAGGCUCAUCUAAACUCCCACAUCUUCCUAUGGGGACCCAAUCGUAUGAAGCAUUAACAGCUUAAAAAAAAAAAAGUGCUCGCCUAACUUACACUUCUCCUCGAUACUUGAUCACACCAGAAAUCCAUCGGGACAGGAAUGGUGCGGUAUGAGUCGCAGCGCACUGGAGGAAAUGUACCAAGCACAAGGCUGAAGCGGGGGGAUCUGGGACCUGGUGAAGGUGCUGGAGGUGGAGGACUCGGUUUCAAGGGCAUUGUCCUGCCUGCGUCUGUCCAAUUUGCAGCACUUGCACACACAUUUUGGAGAUUGUAUUUUCUAGACAAUUCUAUUGUGCUGAAGCUGUGCUGGACAAUUCUGGCAAUCAUUAAAGCCUAUAGGUUUCUAUCCUAAGCUAGUUUUUGAUGAUGGAAUUUUAUGUUAUGACUAAAAUAUUUAGGGGUUUUCUUAGUGACAAAGUGAACUUUCUGUGGGGAUGAUCCGCAGAUUGAGUUAUUCGUGUAUAGUGUUGUGUUUAAAACCAUGUUAUUAUCUUUUGUUAUUUUAAAAAAAAAACAACUUUGGGUACUCGAUGGUUUAGGUAUCAAGCUGAAACUAUAAGAAGAAUCUGAAAGUAUUAUUUUGAAACAUAGAAAGCAUUUUUAUAUUCAGAAAUUUUUUUAUCCUAAAAAUUCUAUGUAUUUGUACCUUCUAUAUUUUCCAAACAGAGCUCAACUCAUGAAGAUACCGAAUUGAGUCAGUUAAUGUAAAUAAAAGUCGGGAACGAAGGCACAGUUGUUUAAAAUGCAAGAAGAUCAGAUUCACUGUUUUUUCAGUAUUAUUCGUAAGCCUGAAUGAGUUUGCUUUUACUGGUUGAAAAUGAGGUGAAAAACAAUUGCAUAGGAUGGUUUUAAGCACUUUCUCCGUUAAAAACAAAACCUGAGUUUUAAUGUAUGUUUUGCUUUAUUUGAGACAAGAACAGUGGAAACUGGGGUGUGUCUUGUGGAGGAGGACAAGGGUACGUGGGACGAUGAGGACUGGGAAGUAGUGUGUGACGGCACAGCAGGAAGCCUUUGUCUUCACAGAAAUGCAGUAUUAGAGACACCAGGAUGGAGAGCGGGGCUUGAGGGUACGGGGCCAAGCCCAGGGCUUAUCCCAGGAACUCAGGGCCUCCCACUGUCAAUGACUCUGUUUUCUUGCGGUUCUUCCUCUGAAGCCUGCAUUUUUCCCCCCACAAAUGGAGGUUUAUAUUACCAUUCAAAGAAGCCUUGAAGAGGCUUUAUUUUAUUUUGAUUGAAAGAAGGGAAUAGUAAAUAGUUUCAACUCUUCUUCAAAUUCCACAGCCUAAAUUUGUGGGGCCACCAGACAUGGCUGUGGUAUCAGGCGGUGCUUGGAGUUUACCCCCUUUAUCCUCUGGCUUCAGCCCUGGGAUGUUUGAGGUGGUUAGUCUCUUCGCCCCCAGCCCAGUGGGGCCCAGCGAUGGGGCAGAGCCAGGCUGAGUGGAGCGGGGAGAGCAUCGUCUUGGCCGGGCUAACAUGGUGUUGUUCAGUUACUGUUAGCGGGCAAGGGUGAGCUGGUACAGGAGCUGAGGAGCGGUCUCCUCUCCCUGGAUUCUGAGGCUCAUUCCCCACAAGGGAGAGCUUCUAGAAUGUCAUUUCUAGGGUUAUUUCCCCAAAUUACAGUACUCAAAGCAUGUUUCCCAUUCCCAUUUCCUUCUGAGAGCAGUUAAACUCGCUAUCAUAGCAGCUAAAUACACGUCAUCAGCCAUGAGACGGGACUUCCUACGUGUAGGUGGGCCAACUUAACUCCACCCAGCAACCAGCCACUGGGGGAUAAUUCGGACAGUUCUAAUGCAAAGCAAUACUGAAAGUGGGCAUACUUCUUACCUAGGAAUAAGAUACCAAUUUUAAAUCUAAAAUUAUCUUAAAACUUCUGGUUAAAGAAUAAUAGACUCAAGUGAAAAUAUUUGGAGAACAUUGCCCAGAAGAAUAAAGAAGUUUUUAAACUAGUAAUAUUUCCCAUCUCCACACCACUUAAAGGACAAGAGUUUUUCUGAAGCUUUUUGUUUCCCAAUGGUACGUUUUUGAAAAAUGCCUUAUAGGCUUACAUUUUGAAGUGACCAUUGACAAGAACAUAUUGUAAAGGAAAAGUCUAAUUAAAGAGUAAUAUAUGAUA